AUGAGUGGUGAAAAAAAGUAUGGUUUACAAUUACCAAAACCAAAAAAAAAUGUUUUUCAAGAUGAUGACGAAGAAGAAUUUAAAGAAGAUGAUGAUAAUAAUAAUAAAGAUGGAUAUAUUGAUUAUAUAAAACAAAAACAACAACAACAACAAAAAUUAAAUACAAAAGUUGAGAGACAACAUAACGAAGCAAUAUUAGAAGAUCCAACAGCAUUUGAAUAUGAUUCAGUAUUUGAUUCAAUUAAAAAAGAAAAAGAUAAAAAAUUACAAAUUAAACAACAACAACAAUUAAAUAAUAGAGAAUCUAAAUAUAUAUCAUCGUUAAUGGAACAAUCAAAUUUAAAAAAAAAACAAUUUGAAAAAGUUAAAGAGAAUCAAAUUUUAAAAGAAAGAGAAUUAGAAGGUGAUAAAUUUAAAGAUAAAGAAAUUUACAUAACUCAAGCCUAUAAAAAGAAAUUAGAAAAUGAUAGAUUAGAAAAAGAAAAACAAGAAAAAGAAGAAAUUAAUGAACAAACAAAGAAAAAAGAUUUUUUUUCAUUUCACAGAAAUUUAUAUUUUUCAAUUCAUGAAAAUGGAACUUAA